UGCUGCGGCCGCGGGGCGAGGCGGCAGCGGCGGGCGGAGGAUGCGGCGGCCGUGGCGGCAGCAGCAGCAGGCGGAGGAGAGGGCGGCGAUGCGGUGCUGCGCUGGGCCCGGACCGCGCGGCGGAGGCGCGCUGACCACGCUGCUGCUGACAGCUUUUUUGUUAAGCUCUGCUGAUGGCAGUAAUGGAACAGUUAACUGGAAGACUAAGCAAGCCAACAGUUAUGUUAUCAGCAGAAUAAAGGCUGUUGAGAAGAAUGUGUACACGAUUCUGUCUAAGGUGCACUCUGAUCGGAAUGUAUACCCUUCUGCUGGAGUUCUUUUUGUUCAUGUUUUGGAGAGAGAGUACUUUAAGGGGGAAUUUCCUCCUUACCCAAAGCCUGGUGAAAUAAGCAAUGAUCCUAUCACAUUUAAUACCAACUUAAUGGGUUACCCUGACCGACCUGGAUGGCUCCGCUAUAUACAAAGGACACCAUACAGCGAUGGAGUGCUGUAUGGCUCGCCAACUGUAGAAAACGUGGGCAAACCAACCGUCAUUGAGAUCACUGCAUAUAACAGGCGUACUUUUGAGACAGCGAGACAUAAUCUGAUCAUUAAUAUCAUGUCAGCAGAAGAUUUCCCGUUACCAUAUCAAGCGGAAUUCUUCAUAAGGAAUAUGAAUGUGGAAGAGAUGUUAGCAAGUGAAGUUCUUGGAGACUUUCUUGGAGCAGUGAAAAAUGUAUGGCAGCCAGAACGUUUGAAUGCUAUAAACAUUACUUCAGCACUAGACAGGGGAGGGAGAGUUCCGCUUCCUAUUAAUGACAUGAAGGAGGGUGUGUAUGUUAUGGUCGGUGCAGAUGUUCCGUUCUCGUCAUGCUUACGGGAAGUGGAAAACCCACAGAAUCAACUGAGAUGCAGCCAAGAAAUGGAGCCUUCGAUAACGUGCGACAAAAAGUUUCGGACUCAAUUCCAUAUUGAUUGGUGUAAAAUCUCUCUGGUUGACAAUACAAAACAAGUUUCCACCUUUCAGGAAGUGAUUCGUGGAGAGGGGAUUCUGCCUGAUGGCGGGGAGUACAGGCCGCCUUCUGACACCCUGAAAAGCAGAGACUAUUACUCGGAUUUCCUAAUUACUCUGGCAGUGCCCUCGGCAGUAGCACUGGUGCUUUUUCUAAUCCUUGCCUAUAUCAUGUGCUGCCGACGGGAAGGAGUGGAAAAGAGAAACAUGCAAACACCAGACAUCCAGCUGGUUCACCACAGCGCUAUACAGAAAUCAACCAAAGAGCUCCGUGACAUGUCUAAAAAUAGAGAGAUAGCAUGGCCUCUCUCAACGCUGCCGGUGUUCCACCCCGUUACUGGUGAGAUCGUGCCACCCCUUCACCCGGACAACUACGACAACACUAGUAUGCCACUGAUGCAAACACAACAGAACCUGCCACAUCAGACUCAGAUUCCACAGCAGCAGAGUGCAGGUAAAUGGUAUUCCUGAGGAACGAAAGCUAACAGAAGCAAUGAAUUUGUGAUCAGAGAAAGCAGUAGUUGUCCUGUUUCCUUAUUUGUUCUGAUUGAUGCAUGAGUUUUCCCGGUGUCUGUUGUGCAUGCCCGCAGUAUUGAGCUGAUUCCAGUGCCACAGAGUACAAUCACUUCCACGUAAUAAUGUACUGUAUCUUUUUGUACUUGGGACAUUUUUGACAAUUUGUAAACACUGAUAACUUUUUAUAUUUGUUACAUUAAGAAAAUAAUCUUUCAAAUAUAUGUAUUAAUAAAUAUCCAAGUUUUUUUUCUGUCUCAUGAUCUCUCCUGAAAGUUUUAACAGGGAAAUCAGAACUUGAAAACAAGCACAAGGUUCAGAGGAUUUUAGACUCUGCGCUAUGGGAUGAUAUCUUUGCCUUAUGUCUGCACACCAAAAGGGUGCAGGAGCAUGAAAACUGGUGCAAUAAGAGGCUCGGAAAUAGCACCCAGAUUUAUUAGGUGUUCAUUUUGUAGGGAUGGUUGGAAUGUAAUGAGAAAAGUUAUUUUUAAGGGGGAAACCAAAAACAACGAAACAAAAUGACAUGAAAACUUAAUUAGUCAUGCUGAAAAUUGGAUUUGUUGCUUUACAGGCAUUUAAUGUAUGGGAUGACUUUGAAGCAAUAAGAUUUAAAAUCUGUCCAUUCAUUCAUUGGAUUAUCGUAGAGCAAACUUUUACAAACAACUGCAGGCAAAAAUUAGCAUCAUCCAAUAAAGGAGGGUACAUUUUAUUUGGCAUGUGCUUACCUUUAAGCCUUUAAAAAUAUCCUUUAAAAAGUUUUGGUGAUGUUCCUGAUGCUGUUGAUCUUUUCCAUCCUCUGCGGUCUUUGUUCUUUUUGGAGCCAAAAGAACAGCGAGAGAAUUGGCCAGCCCAGAUGCCAGGGAUGCUAUUGUAGCUGUUUGUUUUAGAAGGAGCAGACUGCACACAGUGUUUCCUGGGAGGUCGGUAUUUCUGAGAUACAUUUGUCUAUGCAAGGGAACGCUUAACAGUAGGAACUUGGUAACAGCAGGGAUCUGCACGUAGGUUUCCUUGUUUGGGAAAGACGGUGGUCAUUGAUCUCAAGUGUCAUUUUCUGCACGUUUUUCUGAUGCUUCUCUACAGCCUCAGAGUGGAACGCAGGAGUGAAGGGCCGGUCUCCAUCCAGCUGUGUGCGGUUGCCUCUCCAAGCGUCACUGCUUGAAGCUGACGCUCGUGCUUUGGUUGUGGCCUUUUUUCCGUAUUUUCUCUUUCAGAGGCUGUAUGUUCAUGGAGACAUUGCAUUUUAAGCAAAAAGCUGCAUUUGCUUUACAAUUGCUGUGUUUUGAGUAUGUUUCUGUAGCUGAGGUUUUCCAGGUCUCUCCCGAGAGAAAUUCUGGCUAAUUUAAGAACUCAAGACCGACCCUAAGAAGAGACUUAAAGGUCAUUACACUGGCUUUCUUUCCCCUCAUCAUGACACCGUUCCUUGAAAACAGUAAUGUAUUUGAGAAAGGCUGCUCCUUUUUAAGGCUUGGACUUUGGUGCAUCACCUUGGUAGGUAAUAAUUGAUUGAAAGAUAGAAGUCUGGAGAUCUUUUGUAGGCACCAGGUUGUGCAACAAAUGUAACAGCUGCAGCUGUAUAUAUAACUGGUGCUCAGGACAGGAUGGAUGAGCACAUUCCAUUUGCAUUGCAAACAGGACCAAACCAACAUGCUGCCUGUGCCUGCGUGUUGUGCAGCCUUAACGGCCACAGUUUGCAGGGCUGCCCUAAACGGCAGGCGUAACACCGACCAUGUCACUAACAAAUUCAUCUAGCCACAGGAUUGCUGGCAGUGGUUACCAUACUACAAAAGAUGGCUCCAGCUGCCAUGCAAGUCAGUUGAAAAACCAAGUCAGUUUGCGCAACAGGUGGAAUAAAGAGCCAUUCCUGCUUGCUUUCCAAGGGGCACGCCUCACACCUACCUCAUUCAAAAUGUACCAAGGGAGAGUUCAUCACUCAGUCUCCUAUGAGAACGCUGCUUUCCCAGCAGCACAGACAGCUGACUAUCAGGGCCAAGGCAAUCAGAAACCAGACAGCGAACACUGAGACGUAUGCUAAAUGAAAAAUGUACCUUUUUUUCACCACGCUGCAAAAAAAGUUGAAUAAGAUCAGCCUUUGGGUUUCUGCUCCUAAUUUCAAAAGUAUGAGUCGUCAGUGCUCUGAAACAGAAAUGAAUGGAACAGAUUUUAAAUCAUGAUUUGUUAUGCACCUAAAGACCACAUUUUGUAAAUAGUAUUGAGCUUGGAUCGCAAUCAUUUCUGAUAACCUUCGGACGACGUGACAAUCACACACCAAUCGAGCUGCUCCCCUUUCAUCUGUAUUAGGACAUAGAGGGGCCAAUUUACGUAAGGAAAUUUCUUAAGCUGUUACAUAUAUGCACAAAGAAUCAGUUGGUAGCAGUGGGUGCUGCGUGUCCUCUGAACAAAGCGGAUGACGUAGCUGAUAGGUGUUAAGCACUCAACUGUUUCAUGAUUGAAAGCUUCAGGCAGCUGAGGUAAGUUUAAUAAGAAAUGGUUUAUUUUUACUUAUUAAAAUAAUUACCGUGGAAGCACAGAUAUAUAAAGCUGGCUGAAGACACUUCAUGGUUAAAGACUUAGUAACAGUUAAAACCGGUGAUGGAAUGGCAAAGUUACAGCCUCUUUUAGCAAUGAUGUACAAUGACAGUACAACUGAUAUUGUAACCAGACUGUCUACAAUAAGUAGAAAGCACUACAGGUGUCUUUGUAAAUAUUCAAACUGUAAAAUCUAAUAAAUAAGACAACUAUUAAGUAGA